AAGGUUACCAGAAGUCCUUUUUUCUAUAUAGACGCUUGAAAAUUUCGAAACAAAAAAUUAAUCAAAAAAUUUGUUUUUGUUGACUGCAUCACAAUGGCUGGUAAUUUUUGGGAAAGUUCUCACCAUCAGCAGUGGAUUUUGGACAAGCAGGACCUUAUACGUGAGCGACAGCAUGACUUAAAAUCUUUAAACGAAGAAGAGUACCAGAAAAUUUUUAUGUUUUUUGCUAAUGUAAUUCAGGUCUUAGGUGAACAGUUAAAACUGCGCCAACAGGUAAUCGCCACGGCCACUGUAUACUUUAAGCGCUUUUAUGCAAGAAAUUCUCUGAAAUGCAUCGACCCGCUCCUGCUGGCCCCGACUUGCAUUCUGUUGGCCUCCAAAGUAGAGGAAUUCGGAGUUAUUUCUAACUCCCGGCUUAUAUCCACCUGCCAGACAGUGAUCAAGAAUAAAUUUGGGUACGCCUACCAGCAGGAGUUUCCCUACCGUACGAACCACAUUCUGGAGUGUGAAUUCUACCUGUUGGAGAAUUUGGACUGUUGUCUGAUUGUUUACCAACCAUAUCGACCGCUGCUGCAAUUAAUCCAGGAUAUUGGACAAGAGGAGCAAUUGCUGACUCUAACCUGGCGAUUGAUAAACGAUUCAUUACGAACUGAUGUCAGUUUAUUGUAUCCGCCGUAUCAGAUCGCCAUCGGCUGCCUGCAAAUAGCUUGUGUUAUUUUGCAAAAAGAACUGAAGGCUUGGUUCGCCGAACUGAAUGUUGACAUGGAGAAGGUGCAAGAAAUUGCUCGUGCUAUUUUGAAUCUGUUUGAGCUAUGGAAAAGCUACGACGAGAAAGAGAUUCAAAGUUUGCUCGAAAAAAUGCCAAAGCCCAAACCGGCCCCACAACGGUGAUUUGUCGGCUCAACUAUGUUUUACUACAUUUCCUCUUAUUCAAUACAUAAAUUUUUAUUUAACUCAUCCUUAAACAUUAAUAUUCAUUCCUUUUCACAGGAAGUUUUAUUAAAAAAAAAAUCAAUAAAACGUAUACCUUCUUACAAACAUACAAAUUUAAUUUUCACUUUUAUCGUAUGUUCGAAUAAUUUUUAACAAAACAGCACUGUGCCCGUUUUGCGCCUCUAUUUAGAAUUUUUAUGAAAAAAAACCGAAUACUACAGAUAUGAGGAAUUCAAACAAGAAUUUAUCAAUACAAACAAGUAAGAAGCUAAAUUUGAACUAAGCUGGCAUGAAAAAGGUUUCCUAAAGAUGUAAAAAAGCAUAGAGAGAUGAACACCAAUAUUCAUAAAAUUAGAGACAUAAUAUUCAACUAUAGCGAAUGAGGAAAAAUUAAUCGAAACGAAGAACGAAAUCCAUCUCCUGUUACCGAUAAAGGCGUUGGAAGUGAAAUUCUGAUUAUCGUUAAAUAAAUAGUAUAUUAUUAUGAUA